GCUACGUAGACCUCUCCCCUAAGAAGGUGGGGGGGCUCAGCGGAAGCGCGUUCAGAGGUGGUAGGAGGUUUGCCUUGUUCGCUUGCCGUAGUUGUGAGAGGCUGGGAAAUUCGAACGCGCGCAGGAAUGUCUGGAACAGAUCUGACAAGAGACAGAAGUAGCAGCAUCAGUACCAGCCCCAGUAUGACUUUUGGACAGUGUCAGUACACAGCAGCUGAGUACCAGGCGAUCCAGGCAGCCCUGCGGCAGAGAUUAGGCCCAGAAUACAUCAGCAGCCGACAAGCUGGUGGCGGACAGAAGGUUUGCUACAUUGAAGGACAUAGAGUUAUCAGUCUGGCCAACGAGAUGUUUGGAUACAAUGGCUGGGCUCAUUCAGUCACUCAGCAGAACGUUGAUUUUGUUGAUCUAAAUAAUGGCAAGUUCUAUGUGGGUGUCUGCGCCUUUGUAAAAGUCCAACUUAAGGAUGGGUCAUAUCAUGAAGACGUUGGCUACGGAGUAAGUGAAGGCUUGAAGUCUAAGGCCUUGUCUCUGGAAAAAGCAAGGAAAGAGGCAGUUACAGAUGGGCUGAAAAGGGCACUGAAGUGCUUUGGUAAUGCGCUCGGGAACUGUAUCCUGGACAAAGACUACUUGCGAUCAGUGAAUAAGCUUCCCCGUCAGGUGCCCCCGGAUUUAGAUUUGGGCAGUGCUAAAAGACAGGACUUUGAGCCUGCUGUGGAAAAGGCAAGAUACAGUAGCUGUUUACAAAAGGAACACAAAGAGCAGCAGCAAUUUGCCACAGCUCCUUCCAGCAAAUCUGACCAAUCAGAGCUUUUACUGAGCACUUCGGAGCAAGAUCUGGAAAACAGAAGAGUGUCACUUCCCUUGGAGGGGGAUGCCACGUACCAGCGGAAGUUACGCCAGAAACAAAUGCAGCAGCAGUUUAGACAGCAGAUGCAGAAGAAAGAGCAGAUCAAAUCAAGUCCUCCAGCUGGUCAAGCUAGCAAUCAAGCUCAUGUUUCUUUUACAGAGCACAGUGUUCCAGCCCACCCGGAGCCCUCUUUGGAAGAGGAGUUCCUUGCAGAUGACCUUGGGCUAUGGGACUUGCCUUUGGAGGCCACUGAUCCCAAUGUUACCAGUCACAAUGCAGCACCUAUGUCAGCCCAGCAUCCAGGACAGUAUCAGAUGACUCACAGCAGAACACCUCAAAGAAUAAGCCAUCAAAGAAUAUGUGCAAAACCUGAAUCCAUUAGUCCCAGACCUUAUUCACCAGCAGGAAGGAGGAGUCAAGGCAUGAAGAAGAGAAGAUUGGAGCCCUCUUAGCAUGAGGUGAAAUAUACUUUGCUUUAUUUAUUUAAAAAAUGCUAUUGUCAUUGCAAGGAUAUAGUUUGGUUUGGCUGCAAUUUCACAAUGUAGAAUAUUCUUUUAUUAGACAGAUGGGCAUUCAAACAGUGUGUGUUGAAAGAAAACUGCACAGCAUUUGCAAUAUUAAAGGUUUAAAUUCACGUUAUUCUUAUACUGCCUUCAUACCACAACCCUAAUAUCUUAUUCUGGCUUGACACAAACUUAGAUUCAAAUAAAAUACUAUUUUUAGCUAUUUAACUUUAAUUUAAUUGAAAGCCACCUUUUGACUAGUAUGAGCCUGGGUUUUAUAGGAUGGCUUGUUGACUCCAUGUUUUAAAACUAAUUAUUUGUUCUGUAGAAAUGCACAGGGGGAACUUCAUAUCAAGUACUUGAAGGGCAUCCCAUUUUAAAGCUUUAUGUCUAAAAUCAACUUUCUGUGGAAUAUAAUUAUGGAAUAAAAUUAAAAUAAAAUUGUUUUGCCUGUCUACGAUGUCACCACUAAUACUAAAAUUAUACAACACUAGCCCUUUCAUUGAAGCAGUUAAAGAGUUUGAGUUAUUAGAAAGUUUUUUAAAGUCUUCAAUUAACCUUUGGCAUUUUCAGACCUUGAAGUCUAACCAAAUGCAAUCUGGACAUCUACUUAAUUUUUGAGCUAUAUAGCUUUCUCUUGUGGCAUGGCAUGAUUAUAUUUAUAGGUGCUAACUUAAAGCCAGCAUGGAUGUGGGAAAUCAUUGAAGGCUGUUCCCAGAAUGUCUAAAGAGAAACAAACACCAUAUGCUAUGCUGUUAAGAGUUCAGAACUAGAGCAUGGGUAUUAUCCCUUUGUUAACUGAAACCCACCUUACCUACCCCAAGGAUAUUACCCUUUCACAGCUUAUACCAGCCCAGGUUAGCUUUGAUUUGUGAAACUGUGGUGGGAGCUGAAUGUUCAACUUCUGUUUCAUACUGUGACUGGUCUAAAUUUGGAGUCCUAAAUUAUUUGUUCCCUUUAAAAUGCUGUGAAGAUCUGUUCAGGGAUCACUCAAUCCUCAAAUUUUGUUUAGUCUUUUGUGAGCAAUAAAUCCUUCACCUCUGACACAGACUGGCUGUCCCAAGAAGUUUCUGAACAGAUAAGGAUAAUUCCUUUACCUGUUUCUUUGGCAAAGAUAGUGCCUUGAUGUGCAGCUGUAACUUUACACUGCUGAAAAGGACCAUUCUCCCGCUGGCUGGUUGGGGGCUCUCACAAUGGGACUCAGUGGUGUUCCUGAAGGUUCUCAUCCCAUAAGCUGGAAGUUAUGGCAGUUAACCCUUCAGUGCUUGUAAGGAAGCAGCCUCCCCAUCUUUUUUUUGUCGUCAGGUCACAGCUGACUUGCAGCAACCCCUGGUGGGGUUUUCAAAGCAAGAGACAUUCAGAAAUGGUUUGCCAUUGCCUGCCUCCCUGUCACGACUCUGGUAUUCCUUGGGUCUCACAUCCAGAUAGUAAUCACACUCAGGGCUAAGUGAGUGUGACUGGCCCAGGGUCAGCCAGCAAGCUUCCAUCACACAAGUGGGGAGUUGAACCUUGUAGUCUGACACCUUGCAUUUUUGUGCUCCACGGCUUUGAUUAAGGGGUCAGAACUGGACAUUAGCUAUGACUCAGCUUAUGGAUUCUGAACAUUAAAUACAUGUGUGCAGUUUGUUUCAAUUAAAAACUUCAAAGCAAUGCAGCAAGACUCUUCAAGUGUAAUGUCAAUUUAUGAUUUCCAUGUGGGAGAUGACUGUGCAGGGAUGACUUUUCUUGAAAUAAAAGUCUAUUUUACAAAA